CCCGCGAGGAACCAGCUGUACGUGCACUUCGCGCACGGCCCGCACGGCCGGCAGAUGGAGUGCAAGAAGUGCGGGGCGAGGUUCGAGUGAGUAUCGUGCGUGUACUACUGCAAGAUGUGUGGCCAACAGUUCCCCGCGAGGAACCAGCUGUACGUGCACUUCGCGCACGGCCCGCACGGCCGGCAGAUGGAGUGCAAGAAGUGCGGGGCGAGGUUCGAUUGUAACAAACCCCGCGAUUUCUUCUCUCACUACCGCGACAUGCACGGCCACCCGCAGUGUGACCACUGCGGCAUGCGCUGCACCACCAAGAGCAGGCUCGCGCACCACAUACUAAUACGGCACUCUGAGUUCCGCUGCAAGCCGUGCGACAUGGGGUUCAGCUCGUUCCACGCGCUGACCGUGCACAACAGACGCAAGCACGUCGUCGACACCAGCGAGCGGAACUACUGCGUCGAGUGCGACCUGCAGUUCACGAACAGGUGCAUACAGUGCGGUACAGUAGGUUCACACGCGCGACACACGCAGCCCUGCGACAUGGGCUGACCG